CCCCGCCCUCCCUCCUCCUAAUAGAGACGAGAGGCCAUCUUGCAAGAGCUCGCGGAGCUAGCGCGAUGAUGAGCAACCCUGACCCGCGAGCCGAGCCUAGCCACGACACCGAGGCGGCCAGCCGAACCGACGCUGGGCCCACUCGAGAGCGCAAGGCGGGAGGUGGCGUCCUCAAGCGGCUCAAAUCGAAGCGGAAUCCGACGAACGACGCCGUAGACCGACGUGUGGUAACGGAAGAUGAGCUCAGGGCGCUGGAUCGAGACAUCACACCCGAGGAGGUGCUGGCUCUCCGGACCGUCACUCGCGAUUACUUGUGUAAGCCAGAAGACAAUGUGUACAACAUAGACUUCACAAGGUUCAAGAUACGGGACUUGGAAACGGGCACUGUUCUGUUUGAGAUUGCCAAACCACCAUGCUCGGAUCCUGAUGAAGAAGAGGAUGAGGAGAAUGGUGAUCUUGAUUCCAGUGCUGGGAGGUUUGUCCGCUAUCAAUUCACUCCAGCUUUUCUUCGGCUGCGAACUGUUGGAGCCACAGUGGAGUUUACAGUUGGAGACCGACCUGUUAAUAACUUCCGGAUGAUUGAGCGCCAUUACUUUAGGGACCGUCUGCUUAAAAGUUUUGAUUUUGACUUUGGAUUCUGCAUCCCCAACAGCCGCAACACCUGCGAACACAUAUAUGAAUUUCCGCAACUGCCAGAGGACCUCAUUCACCAGAUGGUGGAACAUCCUUAUGAAACUAGAUCAGACAGCUUCUACUUUGUGGACAACAAGCUGGUGAUGCACAAUAAGGCUGACUAUGCUUACAAUGGAGGGCAGUAGGCUGGCAGCAAGGACAAGUACCUCUUGGGGUGGCCUAUGCCUUACAGAAAGAAGCUCCCUUGCUUCUGCCCAAGAUGAAUCCAGCAAGUUACCAGCCUGGCCCAUAUUCCACAUUCUUUUGGUCAACCCCAUUUUCUUUACAUUGGCCUGAAGUACAUUUUGAUCCUACAACUACAAAGAGCCACAUGCAAAUGAAAUAUGAUCACCACUCAGUAGACCUUCCAGGCUCUGGAUACGAAUGGCAUGAAUGUGUGGAGCAUCUAAUGGCACUCCUAUGCACAUUACUCUCAUUUUGUUAAUGCUGCAGUUCUUUGUUAUCAAGGAAGGAGGCCAAGUACUAUCUUGGACCACCAGAAAAAGGCCAAGAAGAUGGCUAUCUAUGAAGCUGACAGUAUGGAUGUUAUUUACUUUGACUUUUUUGGAAACCUUUUAGGUGGGACAAGGAAACCAUAUGGUAUGUAGGGUUGAAGCAUAUACUAGGAUAUCAUGCACUGCCGUAAGGAUCAGAAUAUAACAGCAAGUCCACUUUGCUAUGAUGCUUUCCCCCAGUAGGGGUGUAUGCGUGUUUGUGUGCAUCCGUGUGUGCUUGGAACCAAUUUGAUCAUAGUUGGGCUUUGGGGUUUUUCUGUUCUGUUUUUUCUUUAUUUAGCAUCCUGACUUCGCGAGCCCACAGUAGGUGGUUUAAUCAGUUUGCCUGGGAAAAGACAAAAGCUGUUUGCACACUCCCAGGAAUUGGAGAGCACUUGUGGUUUCACAAUGGAAAGUGAACUUCCUCCGUGCUCACACCGGUUUUCAGACCACACCCGCACCCCUUCCACGUAAGUUGAGUACUAAGCCUGCUUGAUCACGGCACUGGUGUUUAGAGGUCACUUGAAAUAACUUGCUGGUGAUAUUUUACUUUUGUUGGUGCGUCUUUAGUAUUUGUUGGACACUCCAAUAUCUUUUUACCUUGCAUUUUAAAACAUGUUGAUUUUAUGGAAAGGUUGUGGGGGAUCCGUCUCUUUAAAUACUAAGAGGCAUUCCUGUUGCAGGGCUUAUUUGGGUAGUGUUUAAUGGUGGGGGACAUCUUCUGAUUGUGUCCCAUCGAUUGAGAGCACAUAUGCAUAUCUGUAGUCUGUUGCAAAAUAUUCUCUGCUUUGAGGUAUGUGUGUUUGUUGGGUCAGUGCCAUUGUGUGCCGAGAACGACUGAAUUGCAACACCUGUGCCUUUUUAAGUGGGAGGUAGAUGUUUGGUAGACAUUCAUGCUCUUGGAGCAAGUGCAGCAAAGUUCGGUGCAAUAUAUUAAUGUAUAUUCAGUAUAUAGAAACAUUCCAUUGUUGUUGUUACUUGUCCAGGUUAGCAUUUUCCUUUUCCCUAGUGAAUUGUGAUGUUAACACUGGCGGACUUCAUGCUUGAAAUAUACUAAUAUCAAAAUAACUAUUAAAGUAUCCAGAAUGACUGAAAGAUGUUUAUGGUUCUUGUGGCCACACUUGCGCGGCUAAAAACUAAGAAUAAAGUGUUUGUACCCCUUCGAAAGAAAUGCCUGGGUGGCCAGGCUCCUUUAGUAAAGAGAUUAAGGGCUUGGUCUUGUGCAGGAUGCUUCAAGUUGAGGCAGCUUUGGUUUGGAUGCCCAUCGUGGGGUGGUACUGAUGGGGCAGGCAGGGUGUGAUGCACAGGAGCAAAGACAUUCAGCCCCCAACUAAAUAUUUGGGCUCUGGUGGGCUCCUUGGUUUGGAACGUUUCACAUCUAUAGCCUAUUGGCAUUCUUCUGACUCUUGGUAACUCCUUAUCCAGAAUGAGCAACUGUCCAUGUGUUUUGUCUGGGGGCUAGCAGCACUGGGUGAAUGGAGGAUGUAAGAUGGCAGCAUUAUGCAGGAAAAACUGUUGCAGCACAACUGCGGACAUGGAAGUAACUGUUUAAUGAAUACAGCCCUUAGACCCUUCUAAGAGGUUUCCUUUCUCUCGAAGUGCGGUGUCAUCUCUAGUUUCCCUGGGCUGCUUUGUUCUGAGUGGAUUUCGGGAUUGUCGUUUGGGAUUUCCAUGUGAUUAUCAGACCAAUUAUAGUCCAAAAAUAAAGUGCAUUAACUUUCCAUAAAGUUGUGUACAAGAAAUGUGUUUUUGUAGGAUGAAUACAGGGUGGACUUGAAAGGUUUUUUUCCCCAAUGUGUGUCUGAACAAAGUAUAUGUAUAUACUGUAUUUUUAAAAAAAAAUUUUUUUUUCCAUUCAAAAAAUGACGUAGCAUUAAAUAUCUAUCAUCUCUUUACAGCGGGUGAUGUCUUAUGUAUUUUGUAAAAUUCCUGCUGUCAUGAAGUCCUAAAAAUGAAGUUUUAGGUGUUUGUACAAAAUGUUAUUUUGUGACAAGAACUGUAAUAAAGAGAAGUUUGAUUUUUCA